GGCGUAUCCCUAACAUGUCGCACGCGACAAAGGGGAAUAAUAAAUAUGAAUUUUUUUAAAAAAAAAGAGGAGAUGGGCCCCCUUCUCCAAGAGUUUCCGUUGGAUUUGAACAUUGAACGCCGCUCUGGCGUUGAGUUUGCGAUUAUCUGAGUCCACAAAAAUCGCUCUGUUAGGAUGAUUUCACACAAUCACGAGUCAAAAGAACCAUUUGUAGAAGGUCAGAACCGUAGAUGUGCGAAGAGACUGUAAGUGCCGCUUUGACCUACGCGUCAGGGAUCACUGAUCAAACCAUCCGAUCACCGAGCUCUCUAAGUGACCAUUGACCAUUGUAACAUGAAGCAAUGACACUGGCCCUCUUGAACACUGCGGCCAGGAAUCAAAGGCCAUACGAGAGCCUUCCUUUGUUCGCAAUGGGAUUGCGCUCGGAUCCUCUCCCCGCGCCAUAAAUCUCGCAGCCGUCUAUGCCACCCUCCAUUUCCGCUCUUGCAGUACCAACAGCAGCAGCGCUCGCGCCCUCUCAAUGACAGUCCGGCCCCCCCGCCCCCCAAACGCAUACCUGCUGUUCCGCCGACAAGAGCGCACUCUGCCGCAAUACGAGGGCCAGACGGAGUGCCAGAUCAGUCGCGCCACCGGCGCGGUCUGGCGCAGUAUGCUCCCCGAGCAACGCGCGCCGUGGAUCGCGCGCGCGAGGGAGGUGGCUAUCCAGCAUGCGCAGACCUUCCCGGGAUACCGGUACAUGCCUUCGACGAGGAAAAGGAGGAAGAGGAAGACGGCCGCGGGGCCACACCCUGCGUCCGAAUCGUCUGGGUCUACCACCGAGGACGCACUUGCCACCUCUGAGUUGCGGUCCACUGCGGCUGCAGCCUCUAUGAGUACAGGCUCCCCUGUACUCAGUCCCAAACAGUGGAUGGCAUAUCCCUCGCAGUCCCUCUAUCAUCCCUACCUCCAGCCCUCCAUCACCUUGUCAGAUCCCUCAAUUAGAGAGAACGAGCUCACACAGUUGAAGGCAUGGGCAGCUCAAGAGCAGGAGGAUGUCGAUUUUAGCCGUUUCGCGUCACGGGAUUCUACCACGGACGCGGAUUCGCAUGCCCAGUCCGAACUUCUCGAUUUCAGAUCGCUAUGUGACUGGGAUACGGAUUAUCUACAUCAUCAGGAUGCUCUCGAUGCAGGACUGCUGAGCUGCUCUGGAUUGGACAGGGUGCAGGACCAAGCUUGA